GCGGAAGCAACCACUCAAAACGUAGAUUGAAACAGAACAAGUACCUUCAUUUGAAUACCAAUUUUUUGGAUUGAAAAUAAUAUUAUUAGGAUGAAGUUUCCGAUAUUUCUAAUAUUGACAGGAUGCUUGGCGAGCAUCGCAUCGCUUCCGCUGCCUGUUCCCGACGAGGAAGUAGCACGAAGUUUUUCGUCGGAUAAUCAAACGGUAUUGAUUGACAAAGCUGGCAAUUUUAUUUCGAUUGAGCAACCCGCAGGCAAAUUAGUGGAAACCAAAGGCAAGACGACCGACAAGAACGACAUCUUUGUUUCAAUUUCGCGAAAUGAAGUUCCGUCAAAAGCAAUACACCCUCAAAUGCAUUCAAUUCCCGACAUUGAGAAACAAACCACAUUAACAGUGGCCACACAUAAGGAACUACCUAAUAUUAACCAAGAAAAACAGGCAUCUGAAAUUGACGUUGUCAAAAGCGAAACCGAAAGCAACACCCUAGUGACAGUUCAAUCUGAAUCAGAAUCAGAAUAUACUACGCUUUCGCCCACAAUGGAUAUUCAAUCUAUCAUCGACAAGAUUCAUGACAAUAAGUUGUCCGAGAACAACCCCAUCGCCGAUUUAGAGAGGAUUCAAGAGUUAACUACUCCGCCUACAAACGUAUCUUCAAUGGAGCCGAAAGUGACGCUGGACAAAUCAGCUGCUUAAGACAACGGUUUGCAUAAAACCAAAUAAUCUUUUUAAUUUAAAAACGUUAGAUAAUAGGGUAACGAUCCAACCAUUAGGCAUUAACAUUAAACGUUAUACUAUUUUUAAGGAUUAUAUCAGCUUUUAGCGUCCCGCAACAAACACAGUUUUUUGAUUAAUAAAUACUUUUUUUUUUCUUAUUGAUGUUAAACAGGUUAUAGUGAAUAACCUCAGCUAUUUUUUUAAUAAUACAAUAAA